CCGGGGGAUAGUCAAGUUUAUCCGGGGGAUAGUCAAGUUUAUCCGGGGGAUAGUCAAGUUUAUCCGGGGGAUAGUCAAGUUUAUCCGGGGGAUAGUCAAGUUUAUCCGGGGGAUAGUCCAGAUUUUGGUAAGGUAGCCUCGGAGCCGUGAGGGGUGAGUCGCGAAAAGGUGGGUAGAUCGCGGAAAGGCGGGUAGAUCGCGGAAAGGCGGGUAGAUCGCGGAAAGGCGGGUAGAUCGCGGAAAGGCGGGUACAUCGCGGAUGCAUCGGUGAGAGCUAGAGGGCGGGAAAGCUCUUUUGCACGUGAGGGGGCGUGGAAAGGGCGGGUUGGAGAAAAAGCUCAUUGAAAUCAAGCCGAUAUCCGGGUUAGCGUUGCUACCAGCUACUAGCUAUUGUACACCUAGAUUGGGUUGUGGACGGAAUAUGUGGACAUCUUCAAGAAGGUCUUUGCCUGCUAUUGGCCGACGCUUGGACCGAAGCUCUGUGUCUGAAUCUCUGGCGCAGUCAGAACCAAGCACCACUACUGACUUUGCUACGCAGGACAUAGUUGCUAUAGACAAAAUGAGAGGUGGAAAUGGUUUCUCUGGCAGACAGAGACCAGUGAGCGUAUCACCUUUGAAUGAGUUCAGUUCCAGUAGGAUACGUCAUUUGGAAAGCCGAAUAAACGCUAAUGAGCAAGCUUAUCGUGGAUUUCUAGAAGAACUGGUUCGUAUCCAGGAUGAACUCAGAGCAAAUGUAAGAAGAAACGACGAACGGUGGAAAGAAGAGAGAAAGGACAGAUAUCAAUUGCGUGAAGGAUUGCAAACGACUGCCGAACAACUCAGUGAACUUUUGAAGAGAGUUAACAAGGCAGAGGAUAGAGCUGACGUGGAAAAGAGGGAAUUCAGGUCAGUUGCACGUCAUCUAGAAAAAGUCGACCUGAUGAGAGUGGGGAAGCAGGCUGAGAAGGUAACUGUAGCAAACCAAGAGCAGCAGAUGAUAUGGAAUGACAGGUACCUCAAUGGAAUUUGUAUGUGCAUCUAAACAGUGAAACACCUUGAGGUUGCAUGCUGGUUAAUUACAGGUGGUGUGUUCAAUUAAUUAAUGUUGAUUUCAUGAGUAACAGUGGUAUA